CUGUACUUGCUAGCUUCCUGUUGAAUUUUACAUGCUCUCAGUACCAAUACUGUAAAUAUGGUCAGAAAACUAAAAUACCACGAAAAGAAGCUUCUUAAGAAAGUUGAUUUCAUUUCCUGGGAAGUCGACAAUAACUUACACGAGGUUAAAAUUAUGAAAAAGUACCACAUUCAAAAACGUGAAGAUUACACGAAAUACAAUAAGUUGUCUAGACAUGUAAGAGAGCUUGCCAGAAAAAUCAAAGAUGUUGAUGAGAAAGAUCCAUUUAGAAUAGAAGCCACAGCUCAACUCCUUGAAAAAUUACACUGUAUGGGAUUGACUCCAACAAAGAGAAGUCUGUCACUAGCUGAUGAUGUCACUGCAACAUCAUUCUGUAGGCGACGUCUUCCUGUUGUUAUGGUUAGAAAUCACAUGUCAGAAAACUUGAAGACUGCAACAACAUUCAUAGAACAAGGACAUGUUAGAGUUGGACCAGAAGUUGUUACAGAUCCAGCAUAUCUUGUCACAAGAAACAUGGAAGAUUUUAUAACCUGGACAGACACCUCAGCAAUCAGAAAACAAGUUUUAGAAUAUAAUGAACUGAGAGAUGACUUUGAUCUGAUGAGUUGAUGGAAUAAUUAAUGUGGUACAUGAUGACAUUGUGAAGGGAAAGGAAAUCAUGCUGGAUAUGAUACAUACAAGAUGAAUCCUAUAACAAAGUACGAGCUACAAGAUAGUGCUGGGCACUUUUAUAAGCUCUCUGAGAACAUUGGAAAAAUAAAUAAAUUACUUGAUACCAGUA